CACAACAAAAUGGUUUCUGCAAAAAUGGAAAACAUUUUCCAACACAAAAAAAUUCAAAAGAUACCUUGAUCUUUACUCUACAUGUGCAGUGCACGAAAACCGAUUUUGAAAAUAUUGCUUCGUUAUUUUAUAAAAAAAAAUCAUAAACCAAAAAAUGAGGAAAUCCUUCCAGUUUCGCCUUAAAGCAAUAUUUUUUGAAAAUUUGUACAUAAUAUCUUAGUAAACUAAAUGUUUGUCCUAAAAUAUUCUAUUAAGCUUCCCUCCAUUUGGAUUAAUUUAAGUUUAAGUUGUCUGUUUUGAUUGUUCUUCAAAGCUUAAGUUCAUUGUAAAUUGACAUUCACAGGAAAAGUUUACAGCCUAGCAUGAGCUAGGCCGUGUAUUUUAUGUGCACAUUCAACAUACCAUCACUGAAGAAGUUCAAAUUGCAAUUCCCACUGGUGGACGAUGAACGAAGAAACGCGAGCGACCUACUUCCUGAAAGCAGCAGCAGCAACAGCAACGGGAGCUAUUUACAGAUUCGUUCCGCUUGGCUUGAUGGACUCCUUGUGAGUUGUGAUUCGCUGCUUCCCCCGGAUUCGAUCAAUCGCAACCUCAGCCAGCACUAGUAGUGCUAGCACAGUAUCGCCAAUCAAAUUGUGAUCAAAUCGAUGCGGCGGCGGCGGUGAUGCUGUGAAGGGAUGAUGAAAAUUGGUUCGAUUCGGACAAACGGAGGAAAGCUAUCAAUCUUCUCCCUUCGAACGCGGAGGUAUACACUGUUAGGUAGCAAAUGGACAGAUGAAAUUUAAAAUUCCCGAUUCAUCGUGGGAUGGUUUUCGCAAAACGAUGAUGAUUGAUCUUUCCGUCAAGAGGUGGAAUACUUGUCUGUUGGUUGGGUUUACAUUGUAUCGAAAGGUGGUUCGAAAUUAGUACUCAAGAAUGUUGUUUUUUUUUGUAUUCUGUAGAUAUUUUUAUAAUUAUGCAAACUGAUUUCUCAAACAGAACAUAGUUAUUAUUGGACCGCUUUCACUUUCGCUGGUAUAUGAAGCUUGGAAAUGUGGUGAGCUACAAUAAGAUAGCAAGUUUAAUGGAAUGAAUGAAGCCAACGAAACCUACAUCACACUCAGAUGGAGACGCAUGGUGUUUGAUAACUGUCUGUGUUCCAUAAACAGAAGAGCCUUCCAGUCCGGUAAGCUCGUCAAGCAUCACGGUUCAGGUUCAUCUCGGCUGCGUGGCACAUCAAACGAAAUUCGACAAUCACCACCGACACGUAAACUUUGAAUCAACGUGGCAACGAAGCACCGAAAACCCAACAUCAAACUCGAGCGAACCGGAGCGGCGAUGAUGAUUCUACCCGACCGGUCGGUGGCGGCACCGUCCGGACCGGCCUGUUUGUACUCCAUUAACAGGCCCACCAUCCGAUCCGUCGGUGGCGGCGGCGGCUGCCAGCCGAUCGGUCAUUACUUACCACCUCAUCGUAUGUUCGUGUUUUCUCCUUCGCAACCAACACCCAAAACAGCACAGGAAUUCGUCUAAAACUAACAAACAUAAUCAUUUGCGCGCACAGCCCAGCCCAGUGAAUGUGUGCGCAGCGCGUCUUAGAUCUCCCGGAAUGGUCAAUUUAAACAAACCAUUACUUUUGAUUUCAGUAAUUAACUGGUGCCAAUUAUAGCCAAAUUUGCGCCUGUUCGGUUGUGCGGUUUUGCCAUUCGGUUGAUAGUUGGAAGAUUUGGUAAGAGACUUGGAAACCGGCUACCGUUUCAAAGUCUUCAAUUUCAUGUAUUCAAAACAUAAGUACAUCUUCAUUGGGCAGGAUUUUUGAAUGUUCUCAAUUAGAUAAAAUCCAAUUCGGAAUUAUACACACAGGAAAGUUUUGACAUAUUGUAGCAAGUACGCUUUAUAAUUUAAUAUGUUCAUUGGUAAUUUUAAGUUAGUUAUAUUACACGUUAUUUUGUUAAUUGUUCGUUGUUAAUUUAUUCAAGUUCUAUGUUCAUUCGUUUUUCGCAUUUAAUUCCAAAUUUUAUCACCGCAAAAAGCAAUCCAUAAGAAUAUACGACUGAGUUACCGACGCCUAAAAAUGAGUACCUUGAGUUCCCUUCGAAUCAGCUACCAAGAAAGCGCGUGGCUUGGCAUGCCUUUUUCGCGCCAUGAUGCCGCCCGUUCGUCGCUUGGGUCACGGCCAACGACCCGCAUGCAAAUUAAUUGAAGAUGCGUUGACCUUUCUUGUUUCGGCAUUCCACGCCUGUCACGAACCUUGGAGGGGAAGUUGACUGGAGGAUUUGAAUAGGCCGUUGGAAAGAGAUGCACGACUUCGGGAAACAUUGCGAAUAAAUUUCUUUAAUAUUCGGAUUCGCAAACUUGACCUUCGGUUAGGUUCGCGAAGUCGUGGGACAAAGCCCAGAAAUUUCGCGGUAUCUGAGGAUUCUCCCAGCUUCGAAUCGUUCACUUUGUUCCGUUCCGUGGAAGAGGCAAGAACGGUCAUUUUUUGUACCGUGCCGUAGUGUGUUUUGGAAGGUGAAAAGUAACAUAGUGUCCUUAGUAGAUAGUUGCUAAUUUAUGUUCAUUGAUUUCCCUUUAGUUGUGCACAGUCGACAGUUAGUGCAAGCGCUAGUUGAUUAGAAGCGAAGAAGUUGUGUGUGUGUGCGUUGAACGAAAGAAAAGAAGGUUCGCGGUAUUAUAGGCGAAGCCGACACACUACACCUACCGAUAAGACCGUUUUUGACCCCACGUUACGGCUUCAAAGGAACCCGGGGUACACGUGGCCGGAGAAGGACGCGAUCGUCAAAAAUCGCGCCUUGGCAGGCAAGCCGUUCAACCCAGCAUCAAGCGUCAUCCGUGGUGAGCAUCAUCAAGCCAAGUUACAAGCCAACCACGCCGUCCCGCAAGCAACCGUUGCGCAACAGUACCACGCGCCGACGGCGCCUCAACGUUUUUUCGCGCCAGCUGCAGGACGAGAGUGAGCGUUUGUACCGUGCUCCAGACGCAAGCCCGCGUACCGGUGUGGGAGACACCCAUCGUCACCGUCAUCGUCGUUUUCAUCAAUCGCCUCCCGAGGCGAGAGCCCCCGGCAAAGGCCCGGCGUGAGCUCCCUAUCCAACGUCGUCUCCCCACCCAAUGAAACCCUAGGUAGAAAGAGUGAGUACUUUGCAUGCAAUUAUGUUUGUGUCGUCCAUGGCCAUGUGACUCGAUUGAGGCACAACACAUAAAUUUUUGCUAGUCCACCCCAUUUCCUUUACGGUGGCACUAGUUCAGUAACCGACGGAGAGCGAGUAGAUGAGAUCGCCUCCGGCGCCCAGAUCAGCAUUGUGCUAAUCCGUCUUUGCAAAUCGAGACGGCGGUAGCAUACCCACUCACCGAGAGUGAGAGACCGUGCCUGUAUGUCGGAGUUCGGAGCAGUGUAGAGAGGAGAAGUGUUGUUGCGCGGAAGAGCAAGAGAGUCGCGCAUGCGCGGAAGGAAACUAAUAGAGGGAAUUGUUCACGCACACAGUCAGGGACUAGAGGGAAACUAGAGGGAAGAGAGAAGCCUAGGCCUAGGAAUGAAAGCGAAAGUGCAGUAGAAGGGUGAAUAAACUUAUGAACAUUUGUAAACAGAGUCCCAUGUAGUUUCAAUUCCAUGUAUGUUGUCCUGUUGAGCAAGAUGCAGAUUUUGUAGUUGACUCGAUACACGGUAGGAAAUGCAUAGUCCAAUUUGAAUGUAGUUAGUUGAUGUCUAAUAAGGUUUUUAUGUUGCUUCGCGUUCGUUUGUAGAGUUUUUGAGUAUUUUGUGUAGUUUACUGGGUAGUCGGCCCGAAUCCGAUUUUGGAUCGUUCUCUAGUCUUCCGUGGACUGGGACAGGUGGACUUUUUGGACUGGGCCCGUGAAGAAAACCCCCGCACUGGUGGCUUGUUCUCGGCCGAAUAUUGGAGGGAUUUAUUUGCAAUAUUUCUUGAGGUUCGCUGUAUCCACUCGGUAACGAGAAGUACGGCAGUCUUUUUGAGUCAGCCAGUCAGCUUACUUUCUAAGAAUAGUGACCCUUCCCAAAGAAGGUCUCAAGCCGGGCAACGCACAUCUCUGUUGGAUGGUCUCCUUUGGAGUGGCGCAUAAGCCAUCCAAUUACGAAAAGUAAGCGCGACAGGCUGGCCCCGUUAUAUUUGGCGCCCAACAAAACAAGGCUUUUUUAGAUUUAAAUUUGUAGCUGAUUCUUGAAAUAUACCUUUUUGCAUUUACUACCUUUUGUUGCAUGUUAAGCACAUAUUUAUUUGUAAAGUGUCUAAUUGUUUGUAAGGGAACUCGAAUUUCGGUAAUUUGUUUUAAAAAUAUAUGGUAUUUCGUUUUUUGUAUUAUAAUUUAUUAUUUUCGUUUAUUUCAAUAAACAUUUACUUGUAUAAUCUUGGUUUUUCGUAUAUACGUUUUUCUUCAUAUUUUUAUCAAAUAUUUCUUAUUGUUAUUUAUUGCUAAUUGUUAUUUGUUAUUUAGAUAUUUAUAUUGAAUGUUGAAUCAAAAAGGUAACUCUAAAAGUCGAUAAUUCUUAAGAAUAAUAUAUUAUUGCGGUUGUUUGAGUGUCCAUUGUACUUCUGGUUGUUUGUAGCUUCUGAAAAUAUACAAAAAUGAACCAAUUAUUUCCAAGAGCUGAAGAUCUCACUCUCGAAGAGAUCGAUUACGAGCUUGUUAUUCGACAACAGCCAGAAGAAGUUUUUAGGCUUGAGCUGUCUAGCAAACAAAGACACUUGAGGCAUAUGUUCAAGGAAGAUCAGAAGGAGGGACGCAACUAUCGUUCACCUUAUUCUAUUAGUGAGGAAGCACCACAUAUCGAAGGGAGGAUAGAAAAUUUGGCAAAAGCGUUGGAAAAGAGAGUUGAGACUAAGUUCGAAUCUCGGGUAAUCCAUUACUGGUAUCGGGUAAAAAGGGCGGUAACUAGGAAUGACGAAGAGAAGAUGAUGCGAAGAGAUUUGAUAAGAAAAAUUGAAAAGAUUAUGCAAGAUUUUCAGUUUGGACCCUCAUUAUGUCCGUACAAAACGCAAAUAAAUAAAAUCAUUCAAGACUGUGAAAAUGGAGCGAGUGGUCAAACUGGAAAUCCGGAGGUACAAAGAAUUCGUAGCCCUACAGUGUCCGAUCAAAUCGAGGAUUCACCUCAGUCGCAACCUACUCCCAAAGGUGCUGUACGUAAGAACACGAAUCUGGAACAGCAGGAGAGAGAAGAAGAUCGAAAAUCAGAGUUUGUGGUCUCACGUCAAGAAUGGGAAGACAUGAAGUCGAUGAUGAUGAACCUGAUGAACAAGAUUUCCGGUAAUGAUCAAGAGGGUAGAUCUAGGGGUACAGACAGUCAAAGAUCGCAUACGUCGGAAAGGAGAAGCCGUCAAAUACCAAGCGCGACAUUGCCUCAAUACAACCCUCAGCGAAGACCUAUGGGAUCGAGAUCGGAGUCUAGGGAUUCAAGCGAGGACGACCGGCAAAUACAUCAGCUUCCAAGAGACAGGUUCGACCCUAGCGACGAGGAGGACGUUUAUCGACGACAACCUGCUAGGGAAUUUCGGGUGCAGCCACAAUACGAUGUGAGACGAAGUCGGGAGCGAGUUGUGAACAACAAUCGGAUCGAGAAAUGGAAGCUCCGGUGCACAGGAGAACCCAGAUCCAUGCCGAUUGAGAACUUUCUCUACAAGGCCAAGAAGUUAGCUGACCGCGAAGGGGUAUCGAUGGAAAUUCUUCUGCGUGACAUCCACAUGCUUCUCGAAGGGGCCGCGUCGGAUUGGUUUUUUACUUUCGUCGACGAGUUAGACACCUGGGACGUUUUCGAAACCAACAUCGUCUACCGUUUUGGCAACCCGAACAAGGAUCAAGGUAUCCGAACGAAGAUCCACGAACGCAAACAGCAAAGGGGGGAGUCCUUCAUAGCGUUUGUGACAGAGAUCGAGAAGCUGAACAAAAUGCUUUCCCGGCCGCUGUCAGCGCGACGAAAGUUCGAGAUAGUUUGGGACAACAUGCGGCAGCAUUAUCGUUCAAAGAUCUCGAUUGUGGAAGUCAACGACCUGCAGCAUCUGACGAGGCUGAACUACAGGAUUGAUGCUGCUGAUCCGCAGUUACAAUAUCAGACUGGCGAGAUGCCCGGUCGACGACCAAUCAACCAAAUUGAGGCGGAAGACACCGACUACGACAGUGACCGUUCAGCGACAGUGAAUGAGAUUAGGAGGCGUUUCAACAGAGACGGUCGUCAGAGACCGAACGACAACCGAGAAGAGAGGAAUCGACAGCAGAAUGACGCAGGACAACAAGCAGGAAACGGAAACCAGGCCGUUCCUCCAAUGGCCUGUUGGAAUUGCCAAACCCAAGGACACGGAUGGAGGCAGUGUAACAGACCAAAGGUCGUAUUUUGUUACGGAUGCGGUAGUUUAGGUAGGACGACACGUACCUGUGAGCGCUGUUCCAGAAACUACGGUGUUCCUGCAACCGAGCAACAGGGAAACGAGUAAAAGGGUGCACGUCGGGGAACGCAAGCAUCCAAA